GAUAGGAGCAAUAAAGUAAUUCUUUACCAUUUAUAAAAGUUGAUAUAUAGCUGCAAAGCCCAAUUGCGCCAUCAAAGCAAGAUCAUAGGUUAGUGCAAUAAAAACCAAUAAAAACGCGAUCGAUCAGCGAAAGUGAACGCAAUGCGGGAACAUGGUGACAACAAUUAAGAUAACCUGCGAUGGCGUCUUCAUCCAGUCCAACUCGUACCUCAUGCCCUCGGCUCCUUCGAGUGGAGCAGGUGCAUCGGGAUCGGCUUCCUCGGAUCGGGCACUGAAAUCCGCCUCCGCAUCGCCUUCAAAUUCGAACAACGAGAGUGAUAAUUCGCAGACGAGCAGCGGCAGUCAAUCGGCUUCGAGUUCCAGCAAGCGAUCCAAUCGAUCGGUGGUCGGACGCAAUCAGCGAGGAUCCGGAGGGCAGGACACGCGGCGACGUUACUACUUUGGCAGCAAGGACAUUUACUGGUGCAAGCAGAGCAGGGAGGGAUCAGCGGUGGGAACCAUCUCGGGAUCGGGACUCUCACGCAGCGCGAGUAGCUUGACCCACAAGGAGGCAACCACCCACGCCACCCACAGUGGUGGUCAGGUGAUUUCCCGGGCACGCCGCAAGCCCAUCCUCCUGUGCAGCAGUUUGAGUGCAGCCUACGCUCCUCCCCGCCGGCGGGAGUUCUACUUCUGCGACAAGUAUGCUCCAACUACGGGACGGAGUACUCCAACUGCACCCACUGGCAAACACGAUUCCUCCCCGCCCAUCGAUGCUCGGCUGCUGAACUUCCUACGGUGCGCUCAUCGAAAGUUCCAGGCGGCCAAAACCAAAACCGAACAGCAACAGACCAAAGACAAAUCCCAAGGUGAUUCCCGGGAAAAGACUAAGAAAAGCGGAGAGCAGUCCUCCCGAUCGCUGCCGCCAAUCGCCAGCGCAGAGGAUUGGUUUGACGAAGAAGCCCUGACCAGGGAGAGCAGCCAGGAGAAGAGCCAGAAGGGCAGGGAGAAGCAGGUGGCCAAGGAGAAGCAAAAGGAGACGAAGGAGGAGCGGAAGGAGAAGGAGAAGGAACCCCUCUCGAGAAAGGCGUCGGGCGAGGGUGAUCUGAUCACCGUUGAGAUCAAGCAGGGGCAGCUGAGGAAGCCGAGACAGCCGUCGCCAGCCGAGGAAGCCACCGCAGCCGCGACGACCGGCACGGCUAUGAACAGCCACGCGACCGCCACGCAGAACGGACAAACCACGGUCGUCGGACACCAUCGCGGAUUCUCGCAGCCGUCGGUGACGGUGGCCGCAUCAGCGGCGACGGGCAGCACAGCCGGCGAUCCAUGGUUCCUGCAGACCACCGGCCACCAGAUGCCGCCCACCGCACCGUUGCGGCACAACAAGCGUCCCGCCCCCCAACCGAAUGCGGUCCUGGGUGCGGUGGGAUCCACUCCCGCCGCCGGAUCGGCUGUGGGGGCGGUGCUGCUCCACCAGCAGCAGCUCAGCCAGUCGCAGCCGCACAUUGUGCCGCCCAGCAUACCGCCGCACCACCAUCAUCAUCGCGAGAACAAUGUGCAUCCCAGCCAGGCGGGCGCGGCAGCCGCAUUGCAUUUGUCAUCGCAUGCGCUUAAUAGUCAUAAUUUAAUCAGCAGCGCCAGCAAUCAUUCGCCCAAGUCCCCCAGCCAGACGCAGCAGCAGCAGCAGCAGACGAGCCAACAGCAGCAACAGCAGCAGCAGCAGCAGGCGAACCACAGCAUACUGUCCACGUUUGCGCCCGCCCCAAGUGUCGCCUCCGUUCAGCCGGCGGGAUCGCAGGCGGUGGCCGGUACCGCCGCUGCAGUGGCCGCCGUUGCCCAGCAGCAGCAACAGCAGCACCUCCAGCUGCUGGCCAACUGCGGCGGAUCCGGCGGAGCGGGUCUGAUGUCCUCCUCGCUCAACGCGGCCCAAAUGGGAAUGCACGGCGCCGAGCGGGCGCUGCCGCCAAAGAGUCUGGCGCUGAGUGGCAGCCAGCACGGCAGCAAUAUGCUGCUGCACACGACCGCCCAACCGACGCAGGUAACCCAGCCGGUGGCGCCAGUGGUUGGCGUCGGUGGCAGCGGAUCGGCGGGCAUGUCCACCUCGCUGCACAGCUUCGAUAUCAACGGGGGCGCCACCGCCAGUGGGGUGAAUGCGAGCAGCGCGUGGUCGAGUGGUUCCACCACGGCCAUGAACCACGCCUCCCUCUCGCCCACGGCAAUGGCACCGCAGCAAGGUCGCUCCAGGUGCGAGGUCAAGCUGAACGCCAUGCCCUGGUUCCAUGGCAGCAUAACGCGAGACGAGGCGGAGCACCUGCUGCAGCCCCGCGAGGACGGAUUGUUCCUGGUGCGCGAGUCCACAAACUUUCCCGGCGACUACACGCUCUGCGUUUGCUUCCAAUCGAAGGUGGAGCACUAUCGGGUGAAGUACCUGGAGAACAAGCUGACCAUCGACGAUGAGGAGUACUUUGAGAACUUGGGACAGCUAGUGGCGCACUACGAGGCGGAUGCGGAUGGGCUGUGCACCCAGCUGAUCAAGUGCUUGCCCAAGCUGGGCAAACAAGAGUUCUGCAUCAACUCCAAAGACUUCGUGGACAAGGGCUGGGUGAUUCCCGAGGCGGAGCUGCAGCUGCGCGAGAGCAUCGGCAAAGGCGAGUUCGGGGACGUGAUGCUGGGCAUAUUACGCAACGAGAAGGUGGCCGUCAAGAUGCUCAAGGAUGAGGGCGCCGUGCAAAAGUUUCUGGCCGAGGCUUCAGUUAUGACUACUCUGGAGCACGACAAUUUGGUAAAGUUCAUCGGCCUGGUCUUCACCAGCAAGCAUCUGUAUCUGGUUACUGAGUACAUGAGCAAGGGAUCACUGGUUGAUUACCUGCGAUCGCGCGGACGACAGCACAUAACCAAAAAGGAUCAAAUCAUUUUUGCCUACGACACUGCCUCUGGUAUGGAGUAUCUGGAAGCCAAGAAGGUUGUGCAUCGCGAUUUGGCAGCCCGCAAUGUCCUUAUCUCGGAGGAAUGUGUGGCCAAGGUAUCGGAUUUCGGUUUGGCACGCGAGGAGUGCUACAAUCUCGACGUUGGCAAGCUGCCCAUCAAAUGGACGGCUCCCGAGGCGCUCAAAAAUGGGCGUUUCUCCAACAAAUCCGACAUGUGGAGCUUUGGCAUACUGCUGUGGGAAAUCUACUCCUUCGGACGUGUGCCUUAUCCGAGAAUUCCAUUAGCCGAUGUGGUUAAGCACGUCGAGGUGGGCUACAAAAUGGAAGCACCGGAGGGCUGUCCACCGGAGAUCUACGAGAUGAUGCGCCAGGCCUGGGACCUCAAUCCCGCCAAGCGACCCACAUUCGCGGAACUCAAGGUCAAACUGCAGCUGCUGAACAACGCCACGGCGUGAUGAGACACCGGGAUGUUGACGCCAGCGCGAUAGGGAGUAACCACAAUCGGUUUGUUCAGACCGGCUGUCAUUAAAGCCGCGGGCAGAGCCAAUCCCUGCCAGAAAUGCGCCGGAUCCAAAGUUGAAACUGACAUGACACCGACACUGAACGCAACAAUUUUUCGUACGAUUAUAUACACACAUGAAUAUAUAACUACUUUACAACAAUUUAUUUACAUAUAUAAUUUAUGGAGUAAGUUUUGUAAGCCUAAGCGAAGGAACCCAACACAAUCAAGCAAUGUUAGUGAGUUGCGCCAGCUUCCGACAUAUAUAAUUAAUUAAUAACCAAUCGAACGGACUACGGGAUGGAUGGAUGGGAUGGAGUGAGGGAAGGAUGAGCAGCUGCGUAGCCUACCUACUACUACUACCUUCAACUACCACAAUAUUAUGUUAUGUGUAAACAGUAACUGUAGCUAUUUAUUAGUUAACUCCUUGGUUCAGACUCCGCUGUAACAUUUCUCUUCUGGAUUCGUGACCACGUCUGUCUGUAUCUUUUAUGUUAUAGAAUACGCAUACAUAUGAGCGCAUCUCCUUUGGGGGAUCGCACGUCCAAAAACCAUUGUUUAUAGAAUGUUUCCCUUUGAAGUCGUAGAAACCGCCGAGUUUUAUUCGAGUUCCAUACUCUUUCUGUUAACCGUUUCUGUUUGUAGCACAAAACUGAGGGAUGACCACAAAGAACUUGUCCAACAAGUCGUUGGAAAAGGAUCACGCUGAGAAUUAGUUAAAUUUAGUUACAUUUAUUUGUAUUGAAAAUCAAAAACAAAAAAAGAAAAGAAAACAAGGAGCAAAAAUUAAGCAAGAUGGGAUGAGCGAAACCUAAGCAAAAAUUAACGAAGGCGGCUGCGGCCGCGUGUCCUUAAACUCAAAAGAAAGAAAUUUAAUGAGAAAAACACUUGUGAAAAUAUGCAUUACAUUAAAAACUUCUACAUAUAAUACAAUACACAUUAACUACGUAUUUAGCAUAUGAAUCGAUUAAUAAUAUACAAAUAUAAAUUAUUACGCGCAAAGUUCGUGGAUUUGUUCAUUAUUCGGCCCAUUCUUUUAUAAAGGAAUCUCCUUCUCUGUACUUUAAUCAAACCGAUGCAGCUAGCGGAAAGGCAAAGGAAACUGUAAUUUAUUUUUUAAACGUACCCCGUAAUUUACUUAAUACCUAAUUUUAGUGCUUUCCUAAGAAACUUGUACAUUUAUGCGUUUUAAUUUCUGAUCAAGCGGCCGCCACUUUGCUUUAACACUUAAUUUUAGUAUACUUUAUGUAAACACACACACACACACCUAAUACACCAACACACAUCCCUUCACAAACACACACACGUCCACAUGACAUACAUUUAAUUAAUUUUAAAGUUAUUAUUUUUUUAAUACACACAUCAAUCAAUAUUGUAAAAGAAAGUUCUAUGCGUUAGCGAAACCCGGCCGAACACAACACAAAUUUGCACCAAUACACGAAACUUUAACGAGGUGAUUAAACAAAGGCAGAGUUCUAAAACUUUUAAUAAAAGUAAAGAAUACAAGCAUGAAA